AAUUCAAAAAAAAUGAACACUGUUGUUACAGGACAAAAACUUUUUUAUCUCAUUGAUGCCAAGAACCAAAUUGCUGGUAGAUUGGCCUCAAAGAUUGUACCUAUUUUGAUGGGUAAACAUAAACCAAUUUAUUCGCCUCAUCUCGGACAAGAAUGUGGAGACCACGUUGUUAUUGUUAAUGCUAAACAUGUUGCUCUCACUGGUGAUAAAUGGAAGCGUAAAAUGUAUAGAUGGCACACUGGAUAUGCUGGUGGAUUAAAGGAAUACACUGCUGAACAAAGACAUGAACGAUUCCCAACAUAUGUCUUGGAAACAGCCAUCAAGAGAAUGCUUCCAAAGAGUAAUAGUACUACGAGAAAACUGAAAAUGAGCAGAGUACAUAUCUUCCCAGAAGAUGUCCAUACAUAUGAGGCCCAACAACCAAUUCCAUUGGAUUUACUCGGAACCGAUGCAGUCUAUGCUGAAAAGGAAAACAUUUAAAUUUAUUACAACAACAAUUUUAGGAGAUGUAUUUAAACGAACAUCACUAUAGUACAAUAUACAACAUUUGAUAUUACUCAUAUACUUUUCAUCCAUUAUGGAGGUAUCCCAUUUAGGUUAAGAUUUUGUUUCUACUAAUUUUCAAUCACCAUUCACACAAUUUACAAUAAAAAAGAAAUUUAUUAAAC